UCAUUUUUCAUUUUGGUUUUGUAUUUCAAUUUGUUCCACUGAAAUAUUUUAUGUUUCUGAUAGGUUCCUAAGGCACAGGUUUCUUGCUUUGUAAUUGGUGUUAUAUGCAAUAACUGCGCUUGAAUACUAGUUAGGUACCGACUGGAGCCUGUCGCUGCUCAAGCUAUGCGAUUAAUGAAUCAAAUUUAAAUUGAAAUAUAAAUGAUAAAUAUGGACUGGUAGAGUCAUUUUCAUAACCCUUUUGACAUGGCUUACUUGCUGAAAAUUGUAUUGAGGAAUGUUGAAUGCCAUAAAUUCCCAUUUAAGGACAGUCCUAUUUAAUUGGCAGCCCACUCUCUUCACCACCGCAGUUGCCACCCUUCUGGCUGGCUUCCUGGCUGUGAUUUUCACCUGGUACACUCCAGCCAGCCCUCCAUCUCUGGCAUCUCCCUCUGUGCUUUCCUCCGAGCCUAAGAGUGCCACCAUGUCACCGCUGGUCAGCGUGGAGUUCGAGGUGUUCGGACGCGUGCAGGGCGUCUUCUUCCGCAAGUACACGCAGCGCACUGCACGUGACCUGGGUCUGGUCGGGUGGUGUCUCAACACGCGCCACGACACCGUGCAAGGUCACGUGCAGGGCCCCGCCGACGCUGUGGCGCGGAUGAAGCGCUGGCUGAGUGAGAAGGGUAGCCCGCAGUCCAAGAUCGACCGAUGCGAGUUCCACAACGAGCACAACGUGGCCGAGCUGGCCUACAAGGAGUUCGCUGUCAGACAUUGAUGCGUAUGUGAACACUGAACUUCGUGUUUUAGUGAUGAAGUGAUUGCGCUGCUACUAGCUCUUCCAGUUGUGUUCAAUUGGUUUUGUUAUGAGUUACGAGUGGAGUGUGCUCAUUGGCUCGUUCUGAGUUGGGUGAUAAGUGUUCCACUCAUUCGUUAACUUCUUGCCGUGAAAAUAAGGACGGUGCUCAUGACAUGGUUGUGCCGCGAGUUAUAUUUUAUUUAUUGCAACAAGUAACAAGUUCGUAAUGUGAUUGCUUCGCUGAUGGACUGAACAGUAUGUGAUAUCGUAACUACUUGGAACCACCAUUGGAUGGCCUGGUCUUUGGUCAAUAUAAUUCAUGCAUAAAAUUUUAUGGGUGCCUCACCUGUAAACUGUCGGAAAACUGAGCACUGGCAGACAGUUAGAUACCACCUGUAAAUGAUGGAUGCGGAAGAGACCAUGAAAAAAAUGCGACUCUUAUUCCAACAUUGACGAUCAAGCAUAGAAGCGAAUUUUUAGGCAGAACUUGUGUUCGUUUCCGAAUGGGUCUACUGUCUGUGACCACAACUUUAUUAGAACUGACACGGCUCAGUUUCAUCGAGCGACUAGGCCCUGUCGCGUCACCUAUCCACGAUACGUGCUGUGGCGUCAUCUACUAUCUAGGCCUUCUACGGGCUUGGCCGGCAUUGGGUCUGCGGACGAACGACCGGGCCGCGGCGGUGGCACGUCACCGGCGUACCGCUCUCUGAUUGGUCCUCUGCUGGGGACGGUGGACGGUGAUUGGUCGGACGGGAGGUGUGGCUCGUCGGACGGCGAGCACCGUACCGAGCCCACUGCCCGAGCGACUGCCUCCCGCUGCCGCGGAGAUAGGACGGAGAAUCAUAGCUCCUCGCCCGGUGCCUCGACUGCCGCUCAGUACCCACCCGCCAUGCCGGCGCUGAUACGGUGUCUGGCGGGGCGGUCCUGUCGGGUGCGAGCGGUCAGUGCUCUCUGGCCGGUGUUGGUGAAAGGGUCGUCCACUGCCCCUCUGUCGCCGUCACCGCGGUGCCCCGACCCCGGACUGCCGUACCGCUGCCGUGCACUACAGACAUCAGCCCGUUCCACCACCGCCGCCACCAUGCACGUGCCGUCGCCGGUCAGCCUGCAGGAGCCGAUGGUGGUGCCGCUAAAGACGCUGAUGGGCCCCGGCCCGUCCAACGCGCACCCGCGCGUCCUGGAGGCGCAGAGCCAGCCGCUGCUUGGCCACCUGCACGCCGAGUUCUGCAAGAUAAUGGACGACUGCAAGGACGGGAUCCGCUAUAUGUUCCAGACGGAGAACCGCGUCACUCUGGCGCUCUCCAGUACCGGCCACGGCGGCAUGGAGUGCGUCAUGGCCAACCUGCUGGAGCGGGAUGAUGUCAUUCUGAUCGCCCAUAAUGGCGUCUGGGGCGAGCGCAGCUCCGACAUGGCGCGGCGGCAGGGCGCCGUGGUGCACCAGAUCAAGGAGCCGGCCGGCUCGGGGUUCUACCUGCAGGAGCUGCGUGCCGCCCUGGACGUGUACAAGCCCAAGGUGCUGUUUGUGACGCACGGAGAGUCCUCCACCGGGGUGCUGCAGAACCUCAACGGAAUCGGAGACGUCUGCAAGGCCCACGACUGUCUGUUUGUGGUGGACACGGUGGCCUCACUGGGCGGGGUGCCGUUCUACGCCGAUCAGUGGGGUGUGGAUGUGGUCUACACGGGCUCACAGAAGGUGCUCAGCGCUCCGCCCGGCACGGCACCCAUCUCACUCAGCGAGAACGCCUGGCAGAAGAUUAUCAACCGUAAGACGCCGAUCAGCUCGUUCUACUUUGAUCUAACCAUGCUGGCCAACUACUGGGGUUGCGAUGAAGGACCACGCAAAUACCAUCACACGGGGCCCAUCUCCAGCAUCUACGCGCUGCGCGAGGCGCUGGCUAUCGCCUGCACAGAGGGCCUGGAGUCGCUCUGGGAGCGUCACCAGCGCUGCGCCCAGCGACUGUACGCCGGUCUAGCCGAGAUGGGACUGAAGUUGUUUGUGGAGAACGAGACGUUCCGCCUGCCGACGGUGACCACGGUCAAAGUACCCGAGGGAGUCGACUGGAAGGCGGUCUCCGCCUACUGCAUGACCAAGCACAAGCUGGAGAUCUCGGGCGGCCUGGGUCCAUCUGCCGGCCUCGUCUGGAGGAUCGGCCUGAUGGGCGCCAAUGCCACCGACGAGAAGGUCGACUUUGUGCUCGAGUGUCUCCGAGAGGCGCUGGCAGAUGUCAAAAAGACUGUUGACUCGCUUACAUUGUAGGCGAGAAAUAGUAUAGGGCAAGCUGAAGCUAAAAAGGGGACAUGUAUCACUUUUGGUGAAGAGUCACAAACAAAAUUGCAAAGUCAGUUAUCUACUGCUACUAACGGACAGAGACACCGGCCAAUCCGCUCCGAGAAUAACGGAGACGACUGAGAACCGACCGAACAGUAGAAAUUGGCACCCGGCGCCUUCAUUCCCCUAACGCCGUUGGCCGCCUAUGGGCGCUAUAAGGGAAGUUCCAGUCCCCUGGGCUCAGGACCAGGCUCAGGCCUAGUUCGGCACCCCAGCCAGGAAAGUGGCGUGAAUAACGACCUCACCGGUGGGGCGGAAUGAUUAGGAUGGUGGUCUUACGAACGGACGGACCAAUGCCGGGACCACGGGAUGUAAAUGCAAUGAAACCCUUGCCAGGAGUAGCGUGAGCUGAGCUGAGUGCGAAUGCAACGUAACUAUACAACUUUUACAUAUUGUUGGAUGUUUUUACUGCAUGUUGCAUAUUUUGAUACCUUUACGAUUAUGGCAUUGUUACGGUUCCAGGUGCCUGUUAUGGCGUUGAAUCAUUGUUGAAAUUGCAUAAUGGCAUAUACUAUUACGCAUUCCACGCACUGUUACUAUUAUGCACAUGAAGUAGUUAUUACGCAGGUGGUGCCUGAAAGAAGAAAAGAGCUUCCAUUCGCGGUAGCCAGCGUACAUUCCGACUUGGUGCGCUUAACUGCCAGUGUCUUAGAACGGCGUUUGUGUCCAUUGUUUGAUAUAUCGUAGCUACAGUUGAUAACCUGUCAUAAUUGCAGACAGACGGACUGAUGACUCUGGUGAGAAAAUAUUUUUAUACUGGGAAUGCAUUUAUCAUGCUGCGGUUGGCGACUUAGCACUGUGAAUUCCAGUGACGACCGACCCGACUUGUUUGUUCAAACGAGCCCCGUACGAAUUUUGAAAUACAUAUGAAUCCUUUA